AAAAACCCCAAAAAGAAAAUAUAAUUGUCAGCAACAGCUCCCACUUUAUUCACCUGUUCAUUGACCCAUCCAUUGAUAUUAUAAUAUAUAUGUAUAUAUAUCAUCACCAUUUUCUUUCAUAUACCUUAUUAAAAACUAAAAAGUUAAAGACUUGGGGAUCCAAGAAUUUACACUUACUAGCUGAUAAAGAUUACAACUUUGGAUUAUCCCAAGAACCCCAUUAGUCUCUUCUUUCUAAUUUCUGUGUUGUAACUGAAAAAAUUUAGAACUUUGGGGGUACCCCAAGAACCCCAUUAAUCUCAGAUUUUUGUGUUCUAACUGAAAAAUUAGAACUUGGGGUCAAGUGAAGAAUCUUGAAAAUGGGUAAUUAUAGAGUAUGUGUGUGUUUUACACGAAAAUUCAGGGUAUCUGAGGCAGAGCCACCAGCAGAUGUAAAAGAGGCAUUCAAGAAAUAUGCUGAUGGUGGUAACCAGAUGAGUUCAGAGCAGUUGUUGAAGUUCUUGAUUGAAGUUCAAGGAGAGACCCAAUUGACUGGUGCUGAUGCUGAUGCUAUUGUUCGACAGAUCCUUCAGAAAAGACACCCCAUUACUAAGUUAGCGCGCCAGGCUCUUGCACUUGAUGAUUUUCAUCAUUACCUCUUCUCUGCUGACAUUAAUCCCCCAAUCAAUUCAAAGGUUGUCCAUGAUAUGAAUGCUCCACUCUCCCAUUAUUUUAUAUUCACUGGACACAAUUCUUACUUGACCGGGAAUCAGCUGACGAGUGACUGCAGUGAUGUUCCAAUCAUAAAGGCACUGAAAAAAGGUGUAAGGGUGAUAGAGCUUGAUAUAUGGCCAAAUUCCGACAAGGAUGACGUACACGUACUUCAUGGAAGGACAGUGACAACCCCUGUGGAAUUAAUAAGAUGUCUCAAGUCAAUAAAAGAGCAUGCAUUUUCUGCUUCUCCUUACCCUGUUGUAAUAACGCUGGAAGAUCAUCUAACGCCUGAACUUCAAGCAAAAGUGGCUCAGAUGCUGACUGAAACAUUUGGAGAAAUGCUCUUUGUUCCUGAAUCUGAUAGUCUAAAGGAAUGCCCUUCACCAGAAGAACUAAAGCAUCGUAUUAUUAUUUCAACCAAACCUCCAAAAGAGUACCUUGAAGCCAGUGCUAGUGUUUGUAAAGACAGACGAAAUGGCUCUCAGAGGUCAAAGGAGUCCGAGGAUGAUGUAUGGGGUUCCGAACCUUCAAGCUUGACAGCUGAUCAAGAAGAAAAUGAAAAGAGCGACAGUGAUAAAAGCUAUGAAGAUGACGAUGACUCCACUCAUAGAGGACAGGUGGCAUCUGCUUAUAAACGCCUUAUUGCCAUCCAUGCUGGCAAACCUAAAGGUGGAUUGAAGGAGGCAUUGAAAAUCGAUCCUGAUAAAGUAAGACGCCUAAGUUUAAGCGAACAGGCUCUCGAAAAGGCUGCUGAAUCUCAUGGAGCUGAAAUUGUGAGGUUCACGCAAAGAAACAUUCUAAGGGUGUACCCUAAAGGUACUAGAUUUAACUCCUCCAACUACAAGCCACUAAUAGGUUGGAUGCAUGGAGCUCAGAUGGUUGCAUUUAACAUGCAGGGAUAUGGUAGAGCAUUAUGGUUGAUGCACGGGAUGUUCAGGUCAAAUGGAGGCUGUGGCUAUGUUAAAAAGCCUGAUUUCUUACUGAAUGUUGGUCCUAAUAAUGAAGUUUUUGAUCCGAAAGCAAAGUUGCCGGUUAAGAAAACUUUGAAGGUGAAAGUAUAUAUGGGAGAUGGAUGGCAUUUAGAUUUUAAGCAAACUCACUUUGAUUUGUAUUCACCCCCGGACUUCUACACAAGGGUCGGGAUAGCUGGAGUACCUGCUGAUGAGAUAAUGAAGAAAACAAAGACUAAAGAGGACAUAUGGACGCCGGUUUGGGAUGAAGAAUUUACCUUCCCUCUGACUGUACCUGAAUUAGCUUUGCUGAGAAUUGAAGUACACGAAUACGACAUGUCAGAGAAGGACGAUUUUGCAGGCCAAACAUGUAUACCUGUUUCGGAGUUGAAAGCUGGCAUACAUGCAGUUCCACUCUGUGACAGAAAAGGUGAGAAAUAUAAUUCCGUGAGGCUACUCAUGCGCUUUGAGUUUGUAUGAGGGUUCUUUAGUGUUCUGUGCUUCUCGUGCUUUCGUGUUUUGGAUGUUUGUAAUAAUGUCACAAUGUUCUCUCCUUGGAGAAGCUUGUAUUGCAAAAAAGAUUUCCAUGUGGCUUUGUAGUUUGUACAGUAUACUCUACAAGUAGAACUAGGUUCAAGUUCCAUUUGUUUUGUGAUUUCUGUUGUCUUUGUGAACAUGAGUUUAAAAGACAAAAAAAUAUAGCAGCUGCUAAAGGGUGGCACCCUCAAGUAUUCCUCCAAA